GCUUCUUUCAUUUCAAUUCUCUCUCUCUCUUUCGCCUUCUCUUGGUCGCUGUUUCGUUUAUGAAGCGAAUAUCAGCCAUUAAUGCUACUUCUCUUCUCAAACGAGAUUUCUCUAACCAUCGCUUCUUCUCAUCCUCCCCCUCUUCUUCUACGUUGCAGCUAAUCCCGCGAUGUGAUGAUCCACCUAAACCAAUCACCUUCAACCCGCUUUACAAUCUACUUCCCAAUACCCAAAACCCUAACCGAAUCGUCGACGUCAUCUGCUCCUCUCUCAAUCAACGCGAUUCCCUCUCAUCCAACCUCCACAACGAGGUCAAAUCGCUGAUUCCUCACCUCGGCCACCGCCAAAUCUCUAGGGUUUUGCUUAGGUUCCAAUCAGACGCCACUCGAGCCCUCGCCUUCUUCAAUUGGGUCAAAUCCGAUUUGGGUAAGACCCCGAACGUUGGUAACUACUGUUUGCUUCUUCACGUUCUCGCUUGGUCCAAGAAGUUUCCUUUAGCUAUGCAAUUCCUCUGUGAACUGAUCGAAUUAGUCGUUAAAGAAGAAGAAGAUGUGUUUAGUGUUUUGGUUUCUGCUACUGAGGAAUGUAAUUGGGAUCCUGUUGUUUUCGAUAUCCUCGUCAAGGCCUACCUGAAGUUAGGUUUGGUAGAAGAAUCCUUCUCGGCGUUUCGAAAGGUGAUUGCUUUUGGUUUUCGUGUUAGCGUUGUCACUUGUAACCAUCUCUUGAACGGGUUGCUAAAACUGGACCUAACGGAUGACUGUUGGCGAGUGUAUCGCGUGAUGUGUAGAGUAGGAAUCCAUCCCAACGCUCAUACGUUCAACAUUCUCACCAAUGCGUUCUGCAACGGUUCGGGGUUUAACCAAGUUAACGACUUUUUGGAGAAGAUGGAGGAAGAAGAAGGGUUUGAGCCUGAUUUGGUUACUUAUAACACGUUGGUGAGUAGUUAUUGUAGGAGAGGAAGGUUGAAAGAAGCGUUUUAUCUGUAUAAGAUCAUGUAUCGGCGUCGUGUUGUGCCGGAUUUGGUUACUUACACGUCGCUUAUUAAAGGUCUUUGUAAAGAUGGGAGGGUUAGAGAAGCUCAUCAGACUUUCCACAGGAUGGUAGACAGAGGGAUUAAGCCUGAUUGUGUAGCCUACAACACUCUUGUAUAUGCUUAUUGUAAAGAAGGGAUGAUGGAACAGGCGAAGAGGCUGUUGCACGAAAUGCUUGGGAAUAGCGUUGUUCCGGAUAGGUUCACUUGUAAGAUUAUAGUUGAAGGGUUUGUGAGAGAAGGACGGUUACUUGCUGCUGUGAACUUUGUUGUCGAGCUUACAAGGUUGAGGGUUAGAAUCCCGUUUGAAGUUUGCAGCUUUCUGAUUGAAAGUUUGUGCCGGGAAGGGAAACCGUUUGCAGCAAAGCAUCUGUUAGAAAGAAUCAGCGAAGAGGAAGGUCGCAAGGUGAAACCAGAGACUUACAACAGCUUAAUCGAGUCUUUCUCCCGUUGUGAUGCUAUUGAAGAGGCGUUGCUUCUGAAAGAGAAACUCACAAGUCAGAACCAAGUGUUAGAUGUUAAUUCUUACCGAGCUCUUAUUGGAUGCUUGUGUAGGAUUGGUAGGAACCGUGAAGCUGAGUCUUUGAUGGUGGAAAUGGUUGAUUCUGAUGUGAAGCCGGAUUGUUUUAUAUGCGGGGCUUUGGUUAAUGGAUACUGCAAGGAGUUGGAUUUCGGUAAAGCUGAGAGUUUAUUGAGUUUCUUUGCUAUGGAGUUUAGAAUCUUUGACAUAGAGAGUUACAAUUUGCUUGUUAAAGCGAUUCUUGAAAGGGGAAGUGGGUAUAAGAAGGUGUUAGAGCUUCAGGAAAGAAUGCAGAGAGUUGGGUUUGUACCAAACACUUUAAGUUGUAAGUACAUGAUCCAAGGUUUAACCCAACGAGACGGUUUGAUGUCAGAAAUGUAAACCGGUAAUUUUUGUUAUACAUGUAUCGAAUUUUCUAUAGAUUAGAGUGAGUUUUUAUGCCUUUCUA